GUCACACCGUCACAUGGUGGCGUUUUUAUGCAUGCUGCAAAUUCUGUUUUAGAGAGUGUUGGUUAUUGCUGGUGGUCCGCGAACGUGUGUACAAAGAUCUGUUUCAACUUGAAUACUGUACUCUGUCAAUAGUUGUGAAAUGAAUGGUAGUUGACGCUAAACAUUAUCACUUGACAAAUCACGAUGGCAUUUCUGCCAAAUCAACAACAGCAGCAGCAGCAGAUGCAAAUUAAGGAGUUUCGAGACUUCCUGUCCUCCUACAACCGCUUGACUGAAUCUUGCUUUGGAGAUUGCAUCAAAGAUUUCACAGGGAGGAAGCUUAUGGAUAAAGAGUCAAAGUGUGCAUCCAACUGUAUGGAGAAAUAUCUGAAGAUGACGUUGAGAGUUUCGCAACGCUUCCAGGAGUAUCAAGUCCAACAAAACGAAGGAUUAAUAGCAGCACAACAAAAAGCAAUGGCUGGGGCUGGACGGUAGCACAAGAAAAAGAGCUCAACGAUGAGGCUGGACCGGUCAGAGAGAUUUCAUGAAUAACUGUCUGGCAACAAUUUGGAUCAAAUGCACCAUUUGUACAGAUUGCCUUUGUUAGCGACUGGCAGACUUCAUUAUGAAGCUCCUGUUGGUUAUUUAAAAUACCUCACCAACAGAGGGCGCUAUCACACACAUAGACUGCUCUCAUUGACAAACCCCUGUGAGAGCAAUUUGUGUGUGAUGUUAGUUUGUGGAUCUGAGGUUGCCAGGGGUCAGAGCUGUCCAUGAUAGUACCCUCUUAAAUAUGGUAUACUGAUGUUUUAUAAGUUAAAGAAGAAUUGUUAAAUUUACAUUUUAGUUUGGUUUUACUCAAUGUUAUAUAGUGUGAAUGCAGAACCUCUAAAGCAGCAGCCUGUUGGCAACUAAGGGGUUCGAACCCCUUCUAGUCUUCAUUCUGAAAAGAUAUCUCAAUCAAAAGAUCCCUGAGACACUACUAAGAUGAAGAGAGCCCAGAAGAACAUUUGGCAAGAUUAAUAAUACUUCCUGUUUUUGUUAAUUACACAAAAUAAUUAUCAGCGUAAAACCUUACUUGAUAACGAGUAAUGGGGAGAGGUUGAU